AUGCUCCCGACUCCGGACCUUCCUCCUCUAGCGGAGACGGUGUACGAGCCAGCGGAAGACUCGUUUCUUUUUCUCGACUGUUUCGAAGAGCUCCGGCCCUCUCGAGCUUUCCCGAUUGUAUGUGAGAUUGGCGCCGGCUCGGGCGUUGUUUCGACUUUCCUCAAGGCCCAUGUCUUUCCUGAUGGGACUUUUUUUGCCACAGACGUCAAUCCGGCCGCCUGUCAAGCCGUGGCCGCCACAGCUCGCCUCAACAAGGCUGACAUAGACCCAUGCCAGAUGUCGUUGACUUCGGCGCUUCGAAAGCGGACAGUGGACGUGUUGGUGUUCAAUCCGCCGUACGUGCCGGCUGAAGACGUGCCGCUGCGUCCUGCUGCGUCCGAGGACCCGGUUUGGCUUGACUUGGCCUUGCUAGGUGGAACUGACGGCAUGGUGGUGACACAGCAGGUUUUGGACUCUCUAGACGACAUAUUGGCCCCGGGAGGCGCUGCUUACAUUCUCUUCUGCGCACGUAAUCGGCCCGACGACGUCGCUCGGCAGAUGAAAGAAAAGGGCUGGCAGGUCGAGGUGGUGGCCCACCGGACGGCAGGAUGGGAAGUUCUCAGCAUCUUGGAAUUCAAGAGGGAGGGACUAUAG